CCGCUACUGCGACGCGUUCUGGGUUGUGACAGCCCGUUGUCUAUGGGAGUGAUUGCUCGUAUUGAAUUUGUGACAAAAUAUUACAUGUACAGUGAAUUACGGGAAAUUAUUACAUUUCUCGCAUGACAGUGAAUAAAAUAAGCGUUUGAAUAUGGCGUUGGAGGGUGUGAAAAGUGAAAAAAGUGAGGAAAACAACGGCAACGUACCUGACAGCAAGGCGAACGGGAUCGACAACAAAAGUAAACAGAUUGAACCAAACACAGCAUUCUUACGAGCGGCGCGCGCCGGACAACUUGACACAGUUGUCGAUCUGCUAGACUCCGGCGCCGUCAAAGAUAUAAACACAUGCAAUUCGAACGGGCUGAAUGCGCUUCACCUGGCCGCUAAAGAUGGACACAUCUCCGUGGUCGAGGAGUUACUGAAAAGAGGCGCUACAGUUGAUGCUGCUACUAAAAAAGGCAACACAGCGCUCCACAUAGCAUGUCUCGCCGGCCAAGAAUCGGUGGCGCGAGCCCUACUGGCCGCGGGGGCGAAGGCCGACGCGCAGUCGGCAGCGGGCUUCACACCUCUAUACAUGGCGGCACAAGAGAACCAUGCGGGGUGUGUGAAGAUGCUUCUAGCUGCUGGAGCCAGUCAGACUCUUGCUACAGAAGACGGCUUCACCCCGCUAGCAGUAGCCAUGCAGCAGGGACACGACCGCGUGGUGGCCGAACUGCUGGAGUCGGACACGCGCGGUAAGGUGCGGCUGCCGGCGCUGCACAUCGCCGCCAAGAAGAACGAUGUCAAAGCUGCCACGCUGCUGCUCGAGAACGAACACAACCCAGACGCAUGCUCAAAAUCCGGCUUCACCCCCCUCCACAUAGCCGCCCACUACGGCAACUCGGCGGUGGCGCGGGCGCUGCUGCAGGCCGGCGCCGACGCGGGCAGGGCCGCCAAGCACAGCAUCACGCCGCUGCACGUGGCCAGCAAGUGGGGGCAGCUGGCCAUGCUGGACCUGUUGCUGGAGAAUGGUGCUAACAUAGCGGCGGUGACACGCGACGGGCUGACGCCGCUGCACUGCGCGGCGCGGUCGGGCCACAGCAACGUCGUGUCGCGACUGCUGCAGCAUGGGGCGCCUAUUACUAGUAAAACUAAGAACGGCCUGACCCCUCUCCACAUGUCCGUGCAAGGCGAACACGUGGAGACGGCCAAAGUGCUGCUGGCUGAAGGCGCUCCCAUCGAUGACGUCACCGUCGACUACCUGACCGCGCUGCACGUGGCCGCGCACUGCGGACAUGUUAAGGUCGCAAAGCUCCUACUAGACAGGAACGCGGACGCGAACGCUCGCGCUCUGAACGGCUUCACGCCGCUACACAUCGCGUGCAAGAAGAACAGGCUUAAAGUAGUCGAGUUACUGCUCAAAUAUGGCGCCAGCAAAUCAGCAACAACAGAAUCAGGACUAACUCCUCUCCACGUAGCAUCCUUCAUGGGGUGUAUGAACAUCGCUUUAGUACUUGUCGGCGCGGGCGCAGCGGCCGAUGCAGCCACGGCUAGGGGGGAGACUCCACUGCAUCUGGCUGCGAGGGCACAUCAGACUGAUCUAGUGAGGGUGCUGCUGAGGAAUGGUGCUAAGGUGGACGCCCGAGCUCGUGAAGAACAGACUCCGCUCCACGUAGCAGCCAGACUGGGACACGCAGACAUAGCCGCGUUGUUAGUGCAGCACGGCGCCGAUGUUACCGCCACUACCAAGGACCGGUAUACGCCGCUACAUAUUGCCGCUAAAGAGGGCAAAGAAGAAGUAGCAUCAAUCCUCCUCGAACAUUCCGCCCCAAUAGAAGCGGAGACCCGCAAGGGCUUCACUCCUCUGCACCUCGCCGCCAAGUACGGUGACACCGGAGUCGCCAGACUACUCCUGUCCCGCGGCGCCGCUCCCGACGCGCCGGGACGGUCACAUAUCACUCCGCUACACAUGGCCACUUACUACGGACACCCGGAUAUAGCGCUGCUGUUGUUGGACAAAGGAGCAUCACCACACUCCUUGGCGAAGAAUGGACAUUCGGCUCUACACAUCGCGUGCCGACACAACCAUCCUGAUAUCGCGUUUGCGUUACUUGAACAUGAUGCAGACCCCAGCGUGAAAUCUAAGGCCGGUUUCACCCCAUUGCACAUGGCGGCGCAAGAAGGACAUGAAGAUUGUGUCGAGAUGCUCAUCGAGAGGGGGGCUGAUGUCAACGUACCUGCUAAUAAUGGUCUAACCCCAGUCCACCUCGCCGCCUCAGAGGGUCGAACAGGCGUACUAAAAGCCCUCAUGGCUGCCGGCGGACAAGUGAACGCACGUACACGCGACGGCUACACGCCGCUACACGCCGCCGCGCACCACGGCCACCACGCGGCCGCGCGGGCGCUGCUCACUGCCAGUGCUGAUGUCACUGCUACAGCUGCUCAUGGAUUCACGCCAUUGCACCAAGCGGCGCAGCAAGGUCACACGCUUAUCAUACAGCUGUUGCUGAAACAGAAUGCAGAUCCCAACGCAUUGUCUGCUAAUGGACAGACAGCGUGUGCGAUCGCCGAUCGUUUGGGCUACAUUAGCGCUGUUGAAGCACUUCGACCCGUCACUGAGAACACGCUCAGUCAAGCUGUCGGUGAUACUGGCGGCUUAGAAGGCAAAUACAGAGUAGCGGCACCCGAACUAAUGCAGGACACAUUCAUGAGCGAUUCUGAAGACGAGGGAGGUGAGGUGGAAUGUCCAAUCCAGCAGCAGCAACAAUAUCGCUAUAUGAACAGCGAGGCGGGCACGCUGCACCGAGCCAAGCCGCUCGAAGACACGGUGACUGAUGGACAUCUGUGGCCUAGCAACAAUGAUAAGAAAGUCGCCACUAUUGAUAGACAGCCGCUGGAUAUUGGUUUCCUGGUCUCCUUCGUGGUGGACGCCCGAGGUGGCGCGAUGAAGGCGAAACGCCGCGGCGGAGUACGCAUCAUCGUGCCUCCCGCCGCUUGCGCAGCCCCCACCCGCGUCACCUGCCGAGCAGCCACGCGUAGGGCUCCGGCAGCCGCACCCCCGCCGCUGAUGGAGGGCGAAGCCCUAGCGUCUAGGCUGUUGGAGUUGCAGCCGCAGGGGGCUAAGUUCUUGGCUCCAGUGGUGAUCGAAGUGCCAAUCUUCACAUCAUCAUGCCCCGAGCGUGAGAUCAUCAUCCUUCGCUCCGACACUGGCGAGACCUGGCAGGACCACUACCUACACAACACCGACAAUCCGCUCAUGCAGGAGGCACUCCAACGCGAACGUCAAGAAUACGGUGGAAACGAAACAGUUGGCGAAAAUGGAGAGCGGGUUACACGCAUCAUAACGUGCGACUUCCCUCACUACCUCGCGUGCGUGUCGCGCGUGCGACAGGAGGUGCACGUCAUCGGGCCCGACGGCGGCACCAUCUCCAGUGCUCACAUCCCGCAGGUGCAAGCGCAGUUCCCAGCCGCAGCCCUUACUAAGCGCAUCCGCGUAGGGCUGCAGGCUCAGGCCGCCAGCGCCGCCCUGUGCCGCCGCGUGCUGCCGCGCCACGCGGCCGUGUCGCCCGUGCUGACGGUGGAGCCGCGACGCCGCAAGUUCCACCGCUCCAUCACGCUCACGGCGCCGCUGCCAGUAACACAUGGCACAGAGAAGGCAUCGGGCAGCAACCUGCGACUCCUGUGCUCUAUAAUGGGCGGGCAGGCCCGCGCCGUGUGGGAGGACGUCACCGGCAGCACUCCGCUCACUGUCACUGCUGACUGCGCCUCCUUCACUACUACUGUCUCCGCCAGGUUCUGGAUGAUGAACUGUCAAAACGUCAGCGACGCAACCAAAUUAGCGACAGAGUUAUACAGAGAAAUGCUACUAGUACCGUUCGACGUACGUAUAGUGGUGCUGGGCAAGCGACUCGACGCGCUAGAAGGACGACUGCUCGUCAUGUACAUCACUGACAGAUAUGCUUACGAGACGCUGUUGCAACAGGAGCACUACACAGAGGUGGCCCACUCGACGUCAGUCAAGUUCCUGGACGGCAAGGACGUGUACCUGGAGUUCUCCGGCAACCUGGUGCCCGUCACCAAGUCCGGCAGCCAGCCCAUGCUUACAUUCGAGGCUUUCAAGGACAACCGCGUGGAAUUCACGGUGCGAGUGAAACAUCAUGAGGAGAACCCUGCCGGCAGGAUCUACUUCAUGAACGAACCUAAGGUCCCGAAAGGCGAGCAGUCCCAGACCCCCGCGUGUGUGCUAGACGUGGAGCUGCCGGAGCGUAUCGCGCCUCGCGCCGGCAAGAGCCAGGUCGACUACCUCAACCUGGACCAGUCGGGCUUCGAUGCUUUGAAGGACGAGCUGAGCUUCCACUGGAGCGGCGACCACAACAACAGUCUCGGACCUGCCUCCCUGCCCUAUGCACAUGAUAGGCAGACUAACGGACAUGACAAGAUCAUUACAAACGGCGACGUCAAAUACACGACAAAGGAAACCGACGAUAACAAAGAUACUAAACCUCAAGUAAACGGUGGCACUCUUCUCGUAGACUCAAACAAGACAAAAGCUACCUUCGAUUCUGAUGAAGAUAAAACUCCCAUGAACACCCUUGAGAAAGGCAAGAAAAAGCCUGAAACUGGCUUCCUCGGCGGCCUCGCAGAUAAGGUCAAAAACGUCUUCGGAGGUCAAAGCGAGGACAAGGAAGAGGAAAAAGAAACCUCCCCCACACCCCAACCUAAACCCAGAGAAUCCUCAAAAGAUAAAGAAAUAAAAGAAAAAGAAAAAUCACCCCCCAAACCCGCCCCUAGACUUAUCAACGAAGACCUUUUAGGCAAAGUUGAUGAUAUGUUCAAAGACCUUAAAACUAAACCCCGUAAUAAGGAACUUGAUGAUGACCCUAAUAGUCAAGUUUAUUCUACUAAACUAGUAGUUGAUGAAGAAAACCCUAAAGUUAUUGAAGAAAAUCUUUACGAACAAUAUGAACUUAUGCAGCCAGUUGACACUCCUAACUGCUGUAAGAAAGAUGAUCCCUUCCAAUUUUACGUCGGAUGCUGUGAAGGCAAGUACAAGAAGGGACAGAAACACCGACACGACGAAACUUCAAACAUAGUUGAUAGGAUUGAACAAGUACACUUUGCAGCACAUGAGAAAUUGCAUGAUGUAGCUGAUAAUAUUCAUGGAGACUUAUGUAUUAUCGAAGAAGAAAAGGACAAAAUUAACCAAAAGGCUGGUCAAGUAGCUGAUGAUUUAGCUGGAGAUUAUGAAAAGGUCAAAUUUGGUGCCGCAGAUAAAGUACAUGAAGUAGAAGAUGGUGUACGCGGAAAGCUUAACGAUCUUUCUGGAAAGGCUGAGCAAGUUAAAGAUGAUGUUUACGCUAAAGCUAAUAACUUGAAGUCUGAUAUCUCUUCGGAAGUUGAUGACGCUAAAUCUUCGGCUAAAGAUGCUGUGGACAGCAUUAUUCACCAAGCUGGAGUAGUCAAAGAUGAUAUUAACAGCAAAGCAUUAGCUAUGAACUUCGCUGCUAUGGAGAGAGCUGAACAAUUAAGGCUUGCUGGUGAUGAGAAAGUUAACCAAAUUGGAAACGUAGCUACCAACACUGCAAAUAACAUUAAGCAUAAGGCACAAGAUGGUGCAAAUGCAGUUUCUGAAGCAGUACACGAUGCUAAAGAGAAUGUAAACAACAAAGCUCAAGAAAUUAAAACCGGAGCUAAGGAAUCUUUAGACAACGCUAAAGCAACAGCUAAUGAAAAACUCCAGUCUCUAGGUGACUCCUUCGAAGGUGCUAAAGAAAAAUCUAAGAAAGAACUGAAGAAGGAGGCCAAAGAAGCUAAAAAGAAGGCCAAGGAAGGCAAGAACUUCUUCACUGGUUUAGUUCACAACAUCUUUGGAGAAAAAGAGAAACUUGAAGAAGAAGUUAAAGGCAAGAUUGCUGAAGGAAAGGAAUCGGCUAACCAAGCUUUAGAUAAAGCUUCAGCUAAGAAGGACGAACUACAAGAUGCUGUUGCUAAGAAACAAGGCGAACUGAAGGAAGGUGCUGAACAAUUAGCACAAAGUGUCGACGAUAAGAAGAAACAAGCUGAAAAGGCUGUAAAUGACAAGAAAGCUGAAAUCGAAAAGACUGCCGCUGAAGCAAAACAGGCCGUUGAAACUAAAACUGGUGAAAUUAAAGCUUCAGUUGAUGGUAAAGUGGCUGAAGUUAAAGAUGCUGUCCACGAUACUGCAGCGGCUGCUCAAGAAAAGGCUGGCGAAGCUAAGGAUGCUAUCAAAAACAAAGCGAAAGAAGUCGGAAAUACCAUUCACGAUACAGCUUCUGAAGUCGGACAAACCAUACACGAUAAGACCAGUGAAGCUAAAAACGCUGUCGCAGAAAAAUCAAAACAGGUUAAAGAUUCUAUACACGACACUGCUACCGAUGUAGGAAAUGCCAUCCACGAUAAAACUGUAACUUUCAAAGAAACUGUCUCUGAUGAAGCUUCGAAAAUAGGUGAAGCUUUACAGGACAAAACUAACCAAGCUAAGAACAAAGCUAGUGAAGUAGGACAAACAAUUAAUGAUGAAGCAAACAAAUUCGGACAAACAUUACAGGAAAAAACUUUAGAUGCUAAGGAUAAGGUUAAUGAAUUUGGGCAAUCUGUACAGGAUAAGACAGCUGAAGCGAAAGAUAAGGCCAGUGAGUUCGGACAUUCAGUUCAAGAAGGAGCUAGUCAAGUAGGACAAUCCAUUCAAGGCAAAGCUAGUGAGUUCGGAAACGCAAUCCAUGAUAAAUUCACUGGUUUCGGAACCGCAGUACAUGAAACAGCUAGCGAUGUAGGCAACAACAUUCACGAUACGGCUAGCCAUGUCGGCCAGGCAGUUAACGAAAAGACUAGCCAAGCGAAAGACAAAGCUUCUGAACUCGGACACAAUAUUCAAGACCAAGCCGUUAACGCAGGACAUGCCAUUCAAGAUAAGACAUCAGAAGCUAAAGAUGCCAUUCACGAUAAAGCUGAAGAAUUAAGUCAUGAAGCUCAUGAAAAAUCACAUGGAUUCGGACACGCUAUCAAAGACACGUUCAGUGGAAUUGGACACGCCAUCAGUGACACAUUCAGUUUUGGACACUCUAAGGCCGACGAAGCUAAAGACGCAGUUGUGGAAAAAUCCGCAGAAAUCAAAGAUUCAGUAGCGAACACAGCGAGCGAGCUCAAAGACGCAGCACACGAUAAAGCGAGCGAAGCAUCAAAGGCAGUUCACUACAAAGCGGACGAAAUCGGUCUCAUGAUACAGAGCAGAACGGACGAGUUCGGACAAGCUUUCCACGACAAGAAAGACGCCACAAGGAGUGAACUGGACAGGAUAAGGCAAGAAGCGGAGAAAACUACGGAACAAAUCAGCAAAUCCGCUGAAGAUGCAAUUAACUCAGCUUCAAACAAAAAAGGAGAAAUCCAAGCUAGUCUUAACAACAAAUUCGAUGAUAUAAAACAGUCAGGGAAAGAAGAAUUGGAGAACCUACAGCAAUCAGCUUCAGAAAAAGCUAGCGACUUACAAAGGUCGUCAAAACAGGCGUUCGAUCACGUACAAGAAUCAACCUUGAGUACUUUCGAUAAGGUCGAAAGUUCGGCGAAGGACAAAGUGAGCGAGGCCAAGGACAAGUGGGAUGAGAUGCAGAGCUCGACCAGGGACACUUUCGCGUCCAUGAGAGAUGACGUGAACAGCUUGGGCAGUUCUGCGGAAGAUACUCUUCAUUCCUUCCAAAGUUCAGCAGGGAAUACCUUCGACAGUCUUGAUGAUUCGGCGAAAAUGGUCCUUUCGGAUACACAGCAGAAUGUAGAAGAGAAUUCGAAGCAAUUAUUCGGGGAUGCUAAAGGAUAUUUCGAAGGGUUCCAAGUGUCAGCUGAUAAUAAGCUUGAGGAGAUCAAGGGUGCGGGUAUUGAGGGGGUGGAAACUGUCGGGGAAAGGCUCGGGGAGGCAGCCGAAGGAGUGCGGGGGACGGGACAGGCGGCCGCUGAUGCUGUAACGAGGGAGGCAGAUACUUUCACCAGCAAUCUGAAUAAUUUGGGCAAUUCUGUCUUCGGUUCUUCAGGCAAAGGUUUUAUGAAGGAUUCGAGCAGCAAGUUAUUGGAGUCGGAAAAGUCACAAUCAUCGCCUUCUCCACACAAGAAGAGUUCCGGAAUCCCGAAACUAAAACGGAAGAAAUAAUCGGCGAACGAACGGCGAACUUCACGAUGUAUGAUAUAGUUGUUUAAUAUUAUUAUUUAUUAAGAUAACACGACCAUUUCCAACAGCCGACACACAUUCAUUGAUCUCUUAUUUAUUUUUAAAAACAAAACUAUUCGAAUCUGUACAAAUAUACACACAAAUGUGCUACAACCGGUGUUCGAACGAAACGGUCGUGCUAUCAAAUGUACACUUAAGAAAUAAUGUUCCAUCGGUUUGAUUACACUAUAUAUAAGCGAUUCAUGUUUAUUAUGUAUAUGUCUCAGCGUACCUAAGAGUACAAUUUUAAUUAGUGUCUCGUCAAAUUUUCAUAUUUUACAUCUUUGACUAACUAAUCACGAUUUCAAAGAAAUCAAUUUUUUAUUCGAUAUUAAUUUACGAGUUAGCUUUGAGAAUGAUAAAUAUAUCUUAGAAUCGAGAUUUAUAAAAAAAAAAUGUUUAACAAUUUAUGAAAAAAAAUAAUUUUAUGUAAACUUAAUCAUGUCUUGCCUAAAUCAAUAUAUUUUUUUAUGAAUAAUUUUUUAAUGAAUUAAUUUAUUGAAUUGACCACAGAUCUGUCUGAUUUUAAUUUUGUUGCAACAUUGAAAUAGAAAUAUUGUUAUUUUUGACAAAUGUGACAUUUUGCAUUUUAUUAUAAAUGUUUAGUAUUUAUGACUUAGAUGUAGUUCUGUGUUUUGUGUUGCAUAAUUUAUUUUAUUUUAAUUGUGUUUUAUUUGUAGAGUUUACACAGCUUUGUACAGUCAACACGUAGGUACAUAUAGCAUGUUACUACACGCUUUCGUUAGAAAUUAUAUAAAAAAUGCUGUAGUAUGAAAUUAAAUAGAUCUGCUAGUUUUGCAGCUUAAGCACUAUGCUUUAUUUUAUCUAUAUCAAGUCUAGUGCUUACUGCUGUUUGUCACAAAGCGACUUUUAGCGUAAAUAAAAAAUGUUAUAUCGUUCUAAAAGUAAAAGUAUAUAAAGUCAGAAAUCUCCAUGUAAAUCCGUUGCUAUAUACAUAUAAAAGUUUUGACCGAGGAGAGACGGGAGAUAAAGUAUAGCUUAUUGCUUGUGAUGCAUCUCUAUAAGUUGUUAUACAUGUUUAAGAUAUUAUAUGAGAUCAUUCUCGAACAGU